CCCCAUGGUUACCAAAGCAAUUACUCUAUUCGGUAUCCAAUAAUCUCCACUGAAUAGCGGAGCUCGCUGAUAACGUUAUUAGAUUAUCUUCUCCGAUAUCACUAUAAAUGAAUACAUAUAAAUCGUACUGUACCUGUUAGUUAGUGCAUUGUGGCUUAGCCAGUUAACCUACAAUUUAGCAGUUAAGGAGUCGGGUGUUUGCUGGCAGCAAUGGCUGAGUUUGGUUUCAAUGAACACCAUCAGAAUGAGGCGAUCAACUACAUGCGCUUUGCACGCUCCAAGAGGGCCAUCAGACUCAAGACCAUUGACUCCUGCUUUGAGGACCUCAAAGACAGCAGGCUAGUGGACGAGACCUUCACGGUGGACGAGGUGCGGGACAUGCUGGACGGGCUGCAGCUAGUGGUGCGAGGAGAGGUGGAGACGGAGCUCAUCAACACGGCCCACACCAACGUGCUGCUGCUCCGGCAGCUCUUCUCUCAGGCCGAGAAGUUCUACCUCCGUCUGCAGACUGACAUCUCGGAGCUGGAGAACAGAGAGUUGUUAGAGCAAGUGGCUGAGUUUGAGAGGACUGAAUUUAAAAACCAAAAUAAGACUAACCAGGAAAUUAGCAGGCCCAAGUUAUCACCCCUGAAUGAAGGUGGGGUAUCUGAACUUCUCAACAAGGAGAUAUCCAGGCUACAAGAGGAAAAGGAUAAGCUCAAGGGCAGGCUCCGAACUUUGGAAACCCAGGCCAUGGGUGCGUUGGAUGAGAAGACAAAGGCGGAGAGGGCUCUCAAAGACCUGCAGAAGGUCCAGGGGGAACAGAAGAUGGCCACCCGUUCUCAGGAGAUCACUAGUCUUGAGGACACGAUGGCAGCGCUGCAGGAGGACUACCAGAAGUCCCUGAGUGUCAACGCUGCCUCUCAGAGAGACCUGCAGGACAACCUGGUCUCUGCCAAACACGACCUGCUCAGGGUACAAGAACAGCUGGCCCUAGCAGAGAAGGAGCUGGAUAGGAAGUUCCAGCAGACGUCUGCCUAACGCAACAUGAAGGAGAUUCUCACCAAGAAGAACGAGCAGAUCAAGGACAUCAGGAAACGCCUUUCAAAGUGAAUACGAGUCAGAUGAAUGAACCCUUUGCCUCACACGACAAGACACAAAAUGGAGGUUAAAGCGCAUGACAAGAAGGUGGAAAUGGCCCAAAUCCAGGGUCUGUCACGGUGGAGAAUGUUUUGGCCCAUUCAUCAUUUAUUCUACCCCACUGCAGGAGUAGGCGGUUGGAAUUAAAAGUGCACUUGAGAAUAUCACAGUUCACCAGUAGUUCAGAACCUUCUAGAAGAAUCGUAUCAUCUCGCUGAUCCAGCAGCUUUUGUAGUCGUUAGGUUUAGGAGAGGAUUGUGGGAGAUUAAGGGUUGGGUGCUAAUCGACAGAGCCUCCUAUGGUCAGUCUCACUGGAGAAGAACCUUGAAUGUCUCUGUCCCUUUGCUUCUAUAUUCUGUCCCAUAUCUAUGAGUUGGAGUCCUAUCUAGUAGCUGAAGUUUGGUAUGUAGUAGUAGGUUUUCCUCACUGCACUAUGCAAGUACUUUCAAGUCCUUGACUCACUGUCUAAAAAGGAGGCCUUCUGAAUAAGGGAGAUAUGCCUGAAGCUUUGCAGCCAUCUAAAUCUGUCUGAUGGUGAUGUGUAAUUUUUUCCAUGACACCAACACAUGAAUUAUUGUCUCUUCUCAAGACAGUACAUUCUUUUUCAUCUAUUUCUUUGUACAUGUAGCUAAGGCAUGACGCAACAUCUAUCUAUAUGUAUUCAGAUGGUGUAAUUCAGAGCUCCAUGAAUAGAGUCAUGGCUAAUGGUACAUAUUAGGAAUCGCAGCAUAGCAUAACAUGAAAACAUAUCUCGAGGGAAGUUAAUGAGGGAAAUGUUUACAUAGUAUGAUUUGACAUGUUUUCUUAAUUUUCUUACCAUCUAUCCUGUUUUAGCAUAUAAAAUAUUUAUUGGAAAGAUCAGAGGUUGGACCUUAGCGAAUGCAAAUAAAUAUUUAUGGAAUAUAAGUUCUACACUGACUGUACAAAACAUUAGGAACACCUUCCUAAUAUUAUGCUGUAACCCCCUUUUGCCCUCAGAACAGACUCAAUUCGUCAGGGCAUGGACUCUACAAGGUGUCGAAAGCAUUCGCAUUGGCCCAUGUUGAGUCCAAUGCGUCCCACAGUUGUGUCAAGUUGGCUAGAUGUCCUUUGGGUGGUGGACCAUUCUUGAUACAAACGGGAGA